CGUAUGUGAACUGCAUGCCGCGCCUGAACUUCGCUGCAUGCAAACAUAAACCGUGAAGAACCACGCAUAGCCAAAGCUGUAUAAUUGACACUCUAUCAUUCACUAAAUAAUCACUAGUUGUGGCGCUGGGAGCUGCGACUUUGCUCUUGAGGGCAUCAGCAAGGCCCAUUCGGUUCGCUAGUGCAGUGAGGCGCGGCGCUUGCUGGUGCUUGCAAAAGGAUGGUGCAGGCGGCCCUGCUGUCGCGCGAUGCGGGUGUGACAGCCGAGUCUGAAGGGGAGGUGUUUGACACGUACACGGAGGAUGGCACGCCCCUGGGGCGCGAGCUACGGUCCGUGUGCCACGCAAAGGGCAUCUGGCACCGGGCGGUGUACGCGCUCCUGUUCAACAGCGCGGGAGAGCUGCUCAUACAGCGCCGCUCGCCGGACAAGAAGGUGGCUCCGGGCCAGUGGGACCUGAGCGUGGCGGAGCACCUGUCGCCGGGCGAGAGCUACGCGGAGGGCGUGGCGCGAGGGCUGGAGGAGGAGCUGGGGGUGACGCUGACACAGGAGCAGCGGGCGGCGCUGCAGGGUCCCAUCACACCGAGACACCCGCGGAGGCUGCUCAUUCCGCAACAAGGGAUUCAGGACAACGAGUUCAUUGAGGUGUACCGCCUGGACGGGUACGACGGUCCCAUCGCGUUCAACCACCAGGAGGUGACGGCGUGCCGCUGGGUGUCACUGGCACAGCUGCGGUCCGACAUGGCGGCGCAGCCGCAGGACUACACGGUCUGGUUCCGAGAGGAGAUGGCCGAGCUGGACUUCUUCGGCGUGGGCCGGCAGUAGCAGCAGCGGGGCAGGGAGCGGGUGGCAGCACGGCAGCACCAGUGGGGGAGGGCAGUGGGGGAGGGGAGGGCAGUAGCAAGUGACGGGCCGAGGGGGCGAAAGGGAUGCAGAGGUGUGGAGGAAGGGGGCGUGGAACGCGGGAUGGCCUGUGGUGUGAGCUGUGGCAGUGGCGGCGGCAGCAGUAGCAGCUGGCUGGGCCGUCGGAUAACUCACGCUGUGAUAAGGGAGUAGGCUGCACAUGGCAGUGUGGUCGUGGCAGGUGGUUCUGGUGCACUGUGUUGGGCACAAUGUGACGGUGACCGGCGCCCUGUGCCCUCGUGGUCAUCAUGCCAUAUGCCGUGGUGUUGUUGUGAACAGGUAAACAGUGUUUCUUGUUGAUGGAGAAUGAUGUGUUGGAGGCGAUUACAUGUCAGAGGCCUCUGGAGGUCCUAGCGAUACACGGUGUGUGUGCGGCUCCUAAAGGAGAGAGAGGGAAAAUGCAAGUGCAGCUAAGGCGGUGGUAAGUGCAGGCGUCGCGCGGUUCGGCCCCAGCCCCCAGGGCCGCAGGCGGUUUCCGGCUUGUGAGUGAGUAGAUUGUAGGACUGCAGGCCAGGCGGCACAAUGUUUCCUGCACGGCAAUGAAGCUUUGUUGCAGGGGUACCUACAUAGUAUGGUGCCCACAUAGUACAGUAGGUACAAUGCAUUGACACUGGCUGGCAGCAGCUCGUAGGGUCUGGUAGCAGAGUGACCACACCAGCACCCCUGCCGCACUCGCAAUUGUAACCUCUGCCUGCA